AUGUUUGGCGGAAAAAAGAAAGCUUUGGAUAAGGAGAUGCAGAGCAUGAGCAAGGAGGAACAAAUGGUACUAAAAGGUAUGAUGCAGUGCAUGGAAAAAGGCAUGAAAAAGGCAUGUAAGACAGGAGCCGAGCAGAGGCUCAAAGAAGAAAAAGAUCUUGAACAUCAGUGUGCCCAAUUGGCUAAAAAAGAUAAAAUCAGAAAGUUGUUGGGACAGUGUAAGAAGCAAAAGGCCGAGCAUCAGGAAUCUGGCAAAUCAAAAGCAGCCUCUUGCAAACAAUCCUUGAAAAAAUCGCCGAAAGAUGCUUCCAAAAAAGAGAAAAAUGACGAUGCGGAACCGACCGAAAAAUCGGACAGUCCAAAAGAGCAAUACUUACUGAAACUAAAGAAAUGCAUUCGCAAAGAGUGGGCCGAUAUCUGUGAGACUCGUAAAAGCCUAACAAAAGAAGAGCAGGAAAAGCUUACACUUUCUCACAAGUGCUUUGCCGCUCAAAUAAAGGAUAUGUGCAAAAUAAAGGUAUUGAACGAGAUGUGUGGCACAUCUGCAGAACCAAACUCGGAAUGUAAGCUCGAUAAAAAACAGCAGGAUGAUCAAGGAGAUCGAGCGCAGCAGAACGAGUGUAAACAGACAGCUGAAAAUACGGAGGCUCAAAAGAAAAAGACAGACGCGGGGGAUCCUAAGAAACCGUGUGAGAACAUGCCUAAAAAAAAUCAGAAUGACGAUAAGGCUCAAAAAAAAAAACCAGAGAAACAGAUUAAAACAGAGGAAGCUAAGAAAAUAAAGUGCGAGGCAGAGGCUCAACAGAAACAGCAAGGCGAGUGUAUGGGGGAAGCUUUUCAGAAUCAAUCUAAGGGGGCAGAUAAAACGGAAAAAUCAAGGUGA